AUGAAAUAGAAUGGGAUACUGUAACUAGAGAUACAGAAAACUCAUUCACCCAGACAAUGUUGAAGCUUUUGCCGCCAGCCAGAACUCUCUCACCAGUUGCUUCAAGAACAAUUUCGUCUUCCUCUGAAAGUUUGUCGAUGUUGCCUUCCAAGCAUACUGAUGUUAUACAGAAAUUACUGGAAUGUAAAACUGUUUCACAGUCACUUAAAGUUUUCAGAAACAGUUAUAAGAAUCCAGAAAUUUAUUCUGCAAUCAUUCACAUUAUAACUAGGGAUAAAAGAUAUCCCCAGGCAACGUGUUUGAUGAAAGAGCUCAUCGAAAAUCUUCGGAAGAACAAAAAGAAUCGACAUAUUGCUUCGUUGGCUUUUAAUGCACUUCAAGGAUUUGAAAGCUCGAAAUUUACACCAGGAGUAUUUGAUGUGUUAAUUAUGGCUUUCUCUCAAAUGGGUCUUGUUGAAGAAGCUUGUUGGGUUUAUAAAAAGACUAAAGCUUUACCAGGAAUUCAAGCUUGCCAUUCUCUUUUGCAUGGGUUUGUUAAAUUGGGUAACUUUGAUUCUAUGUGGAAAUUUUACGAUGAAAUGGUGUCUCGUGGAAUUGCUUCGAAUGUUGUUACUUAUGGCACUUUGAUCAAUGCUUGCUGCAAACAAGGAGAUAUCUUGAAAGCCUGUAAACUAUUUAAUGAAAUGGUGGAGAAAAAGAUUGAUCCCACAGUAGUAGUGUACACCAGUGUCAUAUCUGGUUUGUGUAAAGAGGGAAUGAUUACAGAAGCCUUGGAUGUGUUUGGAUUGAUGGAGAAAUCUGGUAUAUCCCCAAAUCUAUAUACGUAUAAUGUUCUAAUUGAUUGCUACUGCAAAAUUGAAAACAUCAAUCAAGCACUUGCUUUGUACAGCCAAAUGCAAGUGCAAAAUGUGCAGCCAAACGUCGUCACAUUUAGCACCUUGAUUGAUGGUCUAUGUAAGGCGGGUGAGUUUGGAAGAGCAAGACAGUUGUUCGUAGAUAUGGCUAAGUUUGAGGUGAUCCCAAAUAUUUUUGUUUAUAACAGUCUGAUUCUUGGUUAUGCGAAGGCAGGAAACAUUUCUGAAGCCUUCUUUCUCUGUUCAGAGAUGGGAAAAGUAAGUAUUUCACCUGACAUUUUCACUUACGGUAUACUUAUGAAGGGGCUAUGUGAAAUGGCCAGAGUAACAGAAGCAACUGAUCUAUUUCAUAAGAUGGAGAAAGAGGGUAUAAUUGCUAAUAUUGUAACAUAUAAUAUAUUGAUCGAUGGAUACUGCAAAGUUGGGAGGUUAGAAAAGGCUUUGGAGAUUUGUUCAGAAAUGACAGAUAAGGGUCUCGAUCCAAAUGUGAUAACUUAUACUUCUUUAAUAGAUGGGUAUUGUAAAGAGAAGGACAUGGAGGCUGCCAUGGGCUUGUACUCGGAGAUGGUGAUCAAAGGUCUUGUACCAGGUGUAAUUACGUUUACAACCUUGAUUCAUGGGCAAUUGAAAGCCGGUAACUUGAAAGAGGCAUCUAGGCUUCAAAACGAGAUGAAAGAGAGAGGAUUUUCACCAAAUGCUUUCACACUUAGCUGUUCAGUUGAUGGAUGGUGCAAAGAUGGUGGUGCCCCUAUCAAGCUUUUGAAGGCAAAACGGGAUUCUAAAGGAAGUCAAGAAGAUCGCAUUUUGCCAAAUUUACACAAUCCGCAUUAGUUCAGGGUUUGUGCAAGGAUGGACAUAUCUCGAGGGCCAGAUGGACAUAUCUCGAGGGCCAGCAAGUGUUUCAAAGGUGUAUUGGUUUGAUACCAGCCUAUGUUCUUACUUGCAAACUCCUUAUAGAAGGGAAAUGUCAGGACAAGCAUGGAUGGCUUAGGCAGACACCUUAAAGAGCGGGAUUGAAUGCAGUGCAGUUUGUAGAUCACAUG